CGCCGAGCCCCCUGCGCGCGGCACAUGGGGCGCCUGACCGAGGCGGCGGCAGCGGGCGGCGGCGCUUCAGCGGCGCGCUCGGCCGGGCCCCCUCCCACUCCGCUGCCGCUGUCUUCCAUCUCCCCCGGGUGCACAGCCACCAUGGCGUCCAGCGAGGAGGACGGCACCAACGGCGGCGCCUCGGAGGCCGGCGAGGAGAGGGAGGCCCCCGGCAAGAGGAGGCGCCUCGGCUUGCUGGCCACCGUCUGGCUCACCUUCUACAACAUCGCCAUGACCGCGGGGUGGUUGGUUCUAGCUAUUGCCAUGGUACGUUUUUAUAUGGAAAAAGGAACACACAAAGGUUUAUAUAAAAGUAUUCAGAAGACACUUAAAUUUUUCCAAACAUUUGCCUUGCUUGAGAUAGUCCACUGUUUAAUUGGAAUUGUACCUACUUCUGUGAUUGUGACUGGGGUCCAAGUGAGUUCAAGAAUCUUUAUGGUGUGGCUUAUUACUCACAGUAUAAAACCAAUCCAGAAUGAGGAGAGCGUGGUGCUUUUUCUGGUCGCGUGGACUGUGACAGAGAUCACUCGCUAUUCCUUCUACACAUUCAGUCUUCUCGACCACUUGCCAUACUUCAUUAAAUGGGCCAGAUACAAUUUUUUUAUCAUCUUAUACCCUGUCGGAGUUGCUGGUGAACUUCUUACAAUAUAUGCUGCCUUACCGUACGUGAAGAAGACAGGAAUGUUUUCAAUAAGACUUCCUAAUAAAUACAAUGUCUCUUUUGACUAUUAUUAUUUUCUUCUUAUAACCAUGGCCUCCUAUAUACCAUUGUUUCCACAACUCUAUUUUCACAUGUUACGCCAAAGAAGAAAGGUGCUUCAUGGAGAGGUGAUUGUAGAAAAGGAUGAUUAAGUGAUCCCUGCAAACAAGGUGCUUUUUCCAGAACAACCCGGAUUACUUGAGUCCAAGUUUUAAUAACAAGAAUAAACAACUUUAUGCAAUAUUACAGUUUGUAUGAUUUCCUAGAGUAUAACUUGAGAUGUGGUAUUUGCUAAUAUUUGUCUUCACAUUGUGCCCAGGUCAGUUUUCUACAAAAACCGUGCAUGUGUUUAUUAUCAAUCUCAGGUCAAUGAUGAUCAUGAAAAUAAUUGAGUGUAUUACCUGGGAAAAAAAAUACUUUUUUUUUUUUUUUUAGUUU